AUGCUCACUACUACGGAGUAUUAUGGCCCACAGGCAUGUUGGAUGUAUCCACCGGAGAAAGUCUCCACUCCCUCUCAGUCAGUCGACACAGGAAAUCCGCCUUGUUCCUCAACUCGAGUGCAUUUCCUUGUAAUUGUCAAUUUCAAUGUGGAUCAAAUUUGGCAAAGUUAUCACAACUCGACGCUAAAACCCGCUGACCUUGAAUCCGUUGCAGGUGCAGCACUUAUCCUCCUGCCGGAACAAGGUACUAAAAUUGUAUCAAGCCGCUCGUCCGCGUUAUGA